AUGUCUCACCCUUCAUCUGAUAGCCGAAGACUGGGCCCAGCAUCUGCAAACGUAGCGUGGGUAGCAUACUUGAACACAUCGGCGAUCGUUUUAUCGGACGCCGUCAUCGCUGGCGGGCUGUGCUACCGCCUUGCCUCAAAGGCGGGGCUCUCAGAUUUUGCGAAGACGAAGGAUCUUGUGUCCAAGCUGAUUUCCUACGUCGUGGGAACGAGCAUGCUCACGAGCAUCUGCGCCGCUCUCACCUUGAUAACGUUCGCCGCUCGCCCGCACACGUUCAUUUUCAUCGCAUUUUUCUUGUUGCUCAGCAAGUUGUAUUUCAACGCCAUGCUCGCGAACCUCAACUCGCGGACGAAACUCCGCGAAUCGACGACGGGCCACGACGACGUCAUGCUCUCCAUCCCGCUCUCCAUCACCGAGCGCGGCCGCACAAACGAUGCCCUGCACGCCCUGUCGCACAGCCAGACCGGGUCCAUGGCCAAAAACACACCAAUGCAGGUCCACAUGGCGGUCGACCGCGUCCAGGUGUACGACCCGAAGGUGAGCAACCCGUGCCCGGGCCAUCUCGCUGAUCUAUCGCGCGUGUCGUCUCGUGCGCUGACGCCGAGGCACCAUCCUAGACCGGCAGCACGGGCAGUGUAUCAGACAGCGUAUGAGGCCCGCGAUGCGAACAUCCGCUCCGCGAGGGCUGCCGCGCCAGAUCGCGAUCGGACACGGACUGUCAUGCCGCAGAUGACUUAA